GUUAGCAGUGAUCGUUUAUUUUUUCCUCUCGCUUGCACUUUUAACAUGGAGGAUUACAUAUCUAAAAUAAAACAGUUUUCUAAACUGGACUUUCAAUCGAAGCAGGAGGUAAUACUGAAAGGAAGAUCUCCAUCGAGACAGAGAGACUUUUAAAACUGAAGAAAGAUAAGGAAGACUUCUAUAAACAAGUUACUGAUGCUUUUGUUCAGAAGGAGCUGUGCAUGGACUUCAUUUAUAAGUAAAGGAUGGCUCCAUGAGCUGGGCAAACACCUGGAGAUGCCCUACGUCAACAACACGGUCGGCGGCCCGUCGGUGCGCAGCUCGUACAUCGCCGCGCUCUACUUCACCCUCAGCAGCCUGACCAGCGUCGGCUUUGGCAACGUGUGCGCCAACACGGACGCCGAGAAGAUCUUCUCCAUCUGCACCAUGCUCAUCGGCGGUAUGCCGGACGCCAUGGAAUAACGUGAUUGGGCAGGCACGCGUUUAUAUCGUGGGAAAACGGACGUGAAAAAAGGCUAUCCUCACUCAGGUCCGCAUGUAGCUGGAGGGGGCGCGGCCUCCAGCUCCGCCUGAAAAUCGGGAGAAUUUCGGGAGAAAAUUUGUCCCGGGAGGUUUUCGGGAGAGGCGCUGAAUUUCGGGAGUCUCCCGGAAAAUCCGGGAGGGUUGGAAAGUAUGAUCAUUAGAGCAAAAAUGUGUGCUUGUAAAGUUUUAACAUAUUGUAAACAAAAUAAAUCGUUCUCUCCAUGGGGGUCCAUCUUGAAGCCUCUUUCUUUUGAGUUAUUUUGGGGGCGACGUUUUUACAUGCACAUGACUUUGUCUAUCCUUAGUCCUCUUCAAUUGGCUGGAUCGCUUCUUUGCUGCGUCCGCUAUGUUUGUAGUUUUAGCAAUACGCUCCCAUACUGACAAAGCGUAAGUUAGGACUAUAUAAACUACUUUUUUUUAAUUAAAAAUGGAAACAACGGAGGAUUGUACAAGCUAGAGUUUGAGAGAAAGUGAAGAAUCCUUGGAACCGAUCAGAUGAACACAUCUCAAAGGUCAGUUUAUUAGCUUUCUCGAACAGCACCCUUCAGGGCCAUAAAGCUAAAAGUAUACACGCUACGUGUUGUAUCUGUCUCAGAAUUUAAAACAAUAUUUGCAACCAUACAGCAUUAUACAUAGCCUCUCUCAGCUACAUACUAAUAUGUCAUUACAAAUGGUCGUACACAGUAUCUUCUGUUAUUGGUUUUACUGAUUCAUUGGAUCAACUGUCGCCAUAAAUUGUAGGGCGUGUUAAAUUGUAGGGCGCCAUAAAUUGUAGGGCGAUUAAAUAUAGUUUUGGUUAAAUCCUCUAUUGCCCAUAAGCGGAGGCAGGGCCAUUAGCCAGGCUGCGUACUAUACUGUAUGUCCGGCAAAGUCUCGCUGGGCCCAGCGUUCAAGUAAGUACAUUAAAAAGUUAAGCACGCACUUUUUACUUUAGUUGAUGCUGGAGAAGGGUAUAGUGAUCUGUGCUGAUUAUUAGAACCAAUAAGAGAGCACCUUGGACUGAUUUUGAAGAUAAAAACAGCGUACUUGACCAAGUGUUAACUGGAAAACCAUUAUGUAUGGAGAUAUAAUUUAUAUAACAAAUUGAUUUAACAGUAACACUGUCAGGCUUGUCCCUGACAGUUUGGCCAUGUUUUAGUUUUUCCUCUGCGUUUGUCUUUGUUUCCUGUCUGACAGUUUGGCCAUGUUUUAGUUUUUCCUCUGCAUUUGUCUUUGUUUCCUGUCAGCGCUCUUAUUUUGGUUAUUUCCUGAUUAUCUCCCCUGCUUUUUCCCCUCAGCUGUGGCUGAUUGGCACUGGGCCACACCUGGUGUCAAUCAGCCAGCUGCUAUUUAGACCUGCCCUGUACUCCACUCUGCGCUGGAUUAUUGUCAUGAAUACUUGUCAUUGUAAUACAUGUCGUUGUAGCUCCUACCUGUUUUGUCGUUUAUACCUGAAUCCUGUAGCUGUUGGCAGCGUGCUGUUUUUUGUUCCUAGUUCCUGUUUGCUGGAUCCUGUUUCCCGUUUUCCAGUUUGGCCGUUCCUGGUUUGUGUCUCUUCUUUAUUUUUACUUUUGGACAUUAAACCAUGUUUUCUUUUACCAAGCCUGCCUUCUCUGCAUUUUGGGGUUCGUCACCAGCAACACAUUGUGACAAACACAUUUAUAUAGCAAAUCUCAAUCAGUUUGUUUGGAACAAGGCAGGAUUGUUUUAGAAAUAUUUACCAUAUAUUUCCAUUGUUGUGAUUAGUUGGCGACUUGUCCAGGGUGUACCUGGACAGCUGGGAUAGGCUCCACACCCGCCCGCCUGAAAGGGACAAGCGUUAAGAAAUGGAUGGCUGGAUGAAUUAAAAAUGUUGGCAAAUAUACAAAAACAAAGGUGCCAACAAGCAAGAAACAUUGGUUUUGCACAAUAUGAACCCUUUAAAAAGUUUGUUUAUGAUGAAUGUCGACCAAAAAAUGUCUGUAAGUUAUAAUUCCAGCCAUUCUCAACAUUCAACGCUUGUCCCUCUCGUGGUCGCUGAAGUGCUGGAUCCUAU